AGCUGUGUAACAGCUCAAUCAGCUGUUUUCAGAACACGAAAACAAAUAUGCAAAGGCAUUUAAUUACAAAUUGCCGGCUACAUUCUUACAGAACUAUAGCAUAACUAUUUUAUAUCUGUUACCCUAAUCUAAAUUAUAAAGCUGAUAACACUGGGUACUACGAGUUCCAGCAAAUUGAAGACAUCUGUAGCAGAGAUGGAUGUGGUGAAAGUGAGUGGCUAUGAGGCAUUCCGCUCAACUGUAGAAAAGUUGACAAAUGAUGGUAGUAACAACCAAAUAAAUGUGUACUUUACUGGAGAAAAGGAUGAGACCGGUAAAAGUUGGUGCCCUGACUGCAAUGAAGCCGAACCAUUUGUGCUUUCCGCCUUAAAAGAGCACGCAGAUGAAAAAUCUGUAUUUGUAGUUGUGGAUGUUGGGCCGCGUCCUUUUUGGAAAGAUAUGCAAAAUCCAUUUCGCAAGGACCCAAUAGCACCAAUAUCGGUUAUACCUUCGCUAGUGCGUUGGAAGUCCCCUGUUCGUUUGGAUGGUGAUCAAUGUGCAAGACCAUCGUUGCUGGAAAUGUUCUUCAAAGAGGAUACUGAUUAAACAAUUAAAAUUGACUUUAAUUUACAGGAAUUAACUUUUUAUUUACAGUACAAAAAAAACUAAAAUUUUAAAUAAAAUAUUUUUGAACUGUUUUCAUACAAAAAUUUAUUAACUUGAUCAA